AUGAGUAGUAGUGAUCUUCAGAUUAAAAUCUUUAAGGAAGCAUUGUUGAUCAUAAAAGAUUUCAAUAAAAAGCUACAAAUCAUAUCAACAAAUUUCUUUAACCUUAAAUCAUUAUAUCCGAUUUCCACUUCCUUUCCAAUAUCAUCAAGAAAAGUGAUAUUAUCCGGUUCAACUUUGAUUGUGGAAGGGGAUGAUGUAUUAUCGGCAUCAAGUAAACUUCAAGGAAAUCGCAACGCUUUCCAUUUAGACAUUUCAAUGCAAAUGGUUUCUCCAGAGUAUUGGAAUAGUCAUUCGACAUAA